AUGCCUUACUCUGAUUGCUUAUCAGACCUUCUCUGCGGCGAGGACUCCUCCGAUAUAUUCUCCGGCGAUUCGCGGGGAUGCUCGUCGGACCUCGAAUCUCACGACUUUGUAGAAGAGUCAUCCAUUGCCAGUUUCAUAGAAGAUGAAAGGAAUUUCGUGCCUGGUUUCGAUUACUUGUCUCGUUUUCAAUCUCAAUCUCUCGAUGCUUCGGCUCGAGAAGAAUCUGUUGCAUGGAUUCUCAAGGUGCAAGCAUACUAUGGAUUCCAGCCAUUAACGGCGUAUCUCUCCGUCAACUACUUGGAUCGUUUCCUCUAUUCUCGCCGAUUGCAGCGAACAGACGGGUGGCCAUUGCAACUCUUAUCUGUUGCUUGCUUAUCAUUAGCUGCUAAAAUGGAGGAACCUCUGGUUCCUUCUCUAUUGGAUCUCCAGGUUGAAGGUGCCAAAUAUAUCUUUGAACCAAGAACAAUUCGCAGGAUGGAACUCCUGGUUCUCACCGUUUUAGAUUGGAGGCUAAGAUCCAUAACACCAUUUAGUUUUACAGGUUUCUUUGCAUGCAAGCUCGAUCCAACAGGAGCUUAUAUUGGGUUUCUCAUUUCAAGGGCUACGGAAAUCAUUUUAUCCAAUAUCAAAGAGGCGAGCUUUCUUGAGUAUUGGCCAUCAAGCAUUGCUGCAGCAGCGAUACUUUGUGCAGCCAAUGACAUUCCAAACUUGUCUCUCGUUAAUCCUGAACAUGCUGAAUCUUGGUGUGAUGGGCUAAGCAAAGACAAAAUCACCAGCUGCUACCGGCUGAUGCAAGACCUUGCACUGCUUGACAACAGCCGGCGGAAAUCCACAAAAGUCUUACUACCUCAACUUCGAGUAACAAUUCGGGCCAGAAUGAGGUCCAGUGGCAGUGACUCGUCGUCCUCUUCUUCGUCAUCAUCUUACAAUAAAAGGAGAAAAUUAAAUAACUGCUUGUGGGUAGACGAUGACAAAGGAAAUUCCGAGUGA